AUGCUAGGAGCGCACCACGACACCAGAGUUUCAAAAUUAUUAUGUCUGAUUGCUCAGCACUUUUUUUGUCAUGAUGUUGAUGGGUGUAUGCUUGCCACGGACCGAAGCGGGCCCUCGGAAGCUCAUAUUUUUCAACCUGUUCUCCAGACUAGAUGUGACAGAAGUUUUUUUUGUUUCAUUUUGUACUUUUCACUGUCAUUUUAUUAUGAAAUUAGAAACGAAUUACUGGGACUUGGUUGGUCUUGGUACCAUUGCCGGAAAAGUAUGCCAGCCAACAGUGUGUUGGAUGUAAAGGCUGUCCCUCUUGUGUCUCUCUUUGGAGUAAGGGGUUAGGCUAGCAGAUGGCGCAAAGGGUAGAAUCGGUCGAGUGCCGCUUUUAUAGUUUUGUUGAUUGGCCAAGCUGCUCGCGAUGCCUCCAGCGGAGUGAUCCCCAGCGGAAAUUUUUGAUGUCUUUCGACUGAAGAUUGCGGUUGUGACUUAAGAUAAAGAGACGAAAAAAACUUCCCUUAGGUAACGACUGUGGCACAGACAGAAAAU